UAUUAAGUACAUGAUCAGAAUCCCCCCUUUAGUAAUAAUAAAAAAGGGUCGACUGAAAGAAUAAACCAAAGAUAAUCUGGAAUUUGAAAGACCGUCGACAGGAUGAUGAGAUUACCGUUUCGUCGUGGCAUGGCCACAAACACCAUGGCGACACUACGAAACGCACGCAAGGUGGUCUGCAUUGGUCGCAACUACGCAGAUCACAUUGCCGAGUUGAACAGCGCCAAGCCCAAGCAGCCGUUUUUCUUCCUCAAGCCGCCGUCAUCAAUUGUUGCGCCCGGUGCUGGCCCCGUGAUCCGACCCAAAGGUGUCGAUCUUCACUAUGAGGUGGAGCUGGCUCUCAUCAUUGGCAAGGAGGUCAAGAACUUGAAGGCAGACGACGACCAGGGUGCUUUGGAUGCCAUUGAAAGCUAUGCCCUCAGCAUCGACAUGACGGCCCGCAACGUCCAAAACGAGGCCAAGAAGAAGGGACUCCCCUGGGACAUUGCCAAGGGCUUCGACACGUUCCUGCCGUUCAGCAACAUCAUCCCCAAGUCGGCCAUCCCGGACCCUCACAACGUCGAGCUGUACCUCAGCGUCAACGGUGAGGUCCGCCAGCAGGACUCCACCAAUCUGCUCCUGUUCAGGAUCCCCCGCGUCCUGGCCGACAUCUCGAGCGUCAUGACUCUCGAGAAGGGAGACAUUGUGCUCACUGGCACCCCCAAGGGCGUCGGUCCCGUCGUGCCCGGGGACGUCAUGCGUGCCGGAAUCCGCGUCAAUGGCAAGGAGAUCGAGGAGGCCCGGAUUGAGAUUCCUGUGGAGGAGUCUACCAGCGACUAUUUUUACAAGGAGACUUAGAGUGUCAUCGCCUGUCAGGAGUAGAAAAUCUGUCCUGUAAAAAACUCAUGUACAUAACUGGUUUUGCGUACUGCUCACUAUAUACAAGAUAUACAGCGGUCAAUGACUCUAGAAGGUUGCUACAAACAUUGGUAAAUAGGCUGAUUGGUGCCAAAAUUUCAAUACUGAACCUUCAAGCAAUAAAGUCACGCCUUGUUCGGG